UAAGACUAAACCACAAAUUACAAGUCUCUGAACAGUGACUCAGCAAUUGCUGAGCAUUUUGGAAGGGAUAAUAACAGCUGAAUUACACCAGACAGUCCUGGUCUGAUCUGACAACAGUCUCAGCCAGCUGUCUCCCAGCAGAAUGGAGUGGGCGCUAGAGGGUGUUUUGAUACAAGCCACGUUGAUCAUCGCCACAAUAGCAGGUCUCUUAUAUUCCUACAUCACUAGGAACUACAACUAUUGGAAGCAGAAAGGUAUUCCACAUGAAGAACCUACCUUCCCCUUCGGCAACGGGCAAGAUCUUGUACUAGCAAGAAAACAUUUGGGUGCAUUUUACGAGACAUUCUACAAGAAGUUCAAGAAGAAUAAGUAUGGCGGAAUAUAUGAAGUUCGAAAACCGACUUUAAUCGUAACUGAUCUAGACAUUGUGAAACAAAUCCUGACAAAGGACUUUUAUCACUUCAUGGACCGUCCGUUACCUCCUAAGUCUUCCCAUGAUUUCCUCGCCAAUCAUUUAUUUGCCAUGGAGGGAAAAGAGUGGAAAGAAAUGAGAACGAAGUUGACCCCGACGUUUACCUCUGGAAGGAUGAAACAGAUGUUUACGCUGAUAGAGAAAUGCUCUGAGCAACUUAAGAAACAUCUGGAACCGUUGGCUUUGAAUGAUGAAACAAUCGAUGUCAAGGAUUUAACAAGUCGUUUUACCCUUGAUAUAAUUUCCACUUGCGCUUUUGGUUUGGAUGUAAACACUUUGCAAGAUUCUAAUGCUGACAUUUUUGAUAUAAGUCAAUUGAUAUUCAGGCAGUCAAAAUGGAAAAUGGUCAAACGAUUUUUCAUGUCGACAUUUCCGGUUACAGCGAAUGUGUUUGGUAUGUCUUUGACGGACGAUCGAGUAAAGGAUUUUCUUUUAAAGUUAACUGAAACAACAGUAAAAUACAGAGAAGAAAACAAUGUGAGCAGAAAUGACUUUAUGGAUCUUCUGAUCAAAGUAAAGAACAAUGCUUCUUUGGAUGAUGACUCUCACGCUCAAAACAAGAAUCAUGGGUUAAAGGAAAAUGCAUUAACACUGAAAGAAAUGGCUGCUCAAGCAUUUGUGUUCUUUGCUGCUGGGUUUGAAACAGCUUCUUCUACAACCACGUUCGUGUUGUACGAGCUUGCACGCAAUCCAGACUUGCAGGAGAAGUUGAGACGGGAAAUUGACGAAGUUCUGGAGAAUCACAACGGAAAAAUUACCUACCAAGCAAUCCAGGAGAUGAACUACAUGGAACAAGUGCUAAAUGAAACAUUGCGUAUGUAUGCAUCAGUUCCAGCUUUGAUCCGCAAGUGCACUGAGCCGUAUAAAAUACCAGACAAAAACGUAACUCUGGAUCUCAAUGUAAAAGUUGUAAUUCCAAGCUAUGCUAUUCAUCAUGACCCAGAUAUUUACCCAGAACCAUUCAAAUUCGACCCAGAAAGAUUUAGUGAAGUAAAUAUCAGAAGUAGACACAAUUACUCCUUCCUACCUUUUGGCGAAGGUCCACGAGUGUGUAUUGGUAUGAGAUUUGGCAAGAUGCAGGUGAAGGCUGGAUUGAGUACGAUAAUAUCUAACUAUGAGUUGAGCAUUACACCAGAAACUCCCAUACCCUUGGAGAUAACUCCUAACAGUAUAGUGACCGCUUCUGUCAAACCAAUCAAGUUGAGGUUCUCCAAGAGAUCAUCAUAGUGUGCCAAUGGGGCAACUUAGUGUGAAAGUGUUUUGUAAAAGUGCUCUUCGAUUAUCUGAAGUACUAGAACCGAUGUUUCUAAAAACUGUGAUAAAGAACAAUUUACAACUAAAGCAGAACCUUUUGAUCCUAUAGAACUCAACCUUCCAUCCCAAUGUUGAAGUUGGUUACAAAGACUAUUAAAAAAACUGUACAUUAAAUAUUAUCCGGUUAUUGUACAGGAGAAAAGAAAACUGUUGUAGUUCGCUUGUUUAUGGAUAUCUUUUGAUAAAUAUUUGACAAUUA